AUGACGCUGGUUAGUGUGGUUCGGCUGCUGGCCGUCGUGGUGGUGGAGAUGGCAUCUGCCACCGACUACCCUGCCACCUGGGCGCUUGCGGAUCACGGCACUGUCCCAGCCGCCACCGUCUACGCCUUGACCACGACCUCCAAUGUCGACACAAAGUAUCCUGGGACCAUGAGCUCCGGUGAUGUCAAUGGUGAUGGCAUCAACGACUUCUCCUAUGAGCUCCCGACGGGCACGCUCAACGUGCACUUCGGAGGCAUCUCUGCAGACCUGGACCUGGAUGGCAUCACCUACAGCGGCUCCAACGGCUUCAGCAUUGUCACUGGCAACAGUGGCGACAUUUGGGGCACCAUCGCCGGAGAUGUUAACAACGACGGCUUCAACGACGUGCUCUUCUACCACGCGGCCUCCAGCUCCGUCAAGAUCAUCUUCGGCAAGGCAAGCGGCUGGAGUGCCUCCUACACUGUCGCGAGCAUGAUGUGGGAUGGCACGGACGGCUACCAGCUGACCUACAGCGGCGACAGCAAGUUCGGCUCGAACUCAUAUGGGGGCUACGCGCCGCAGAUCCUCACCAACUUCGACAUCAACAACGAUGGCAUCGAUGACAUCGCCGUCCUCUCAAGCGGAACCAGCAACAGCGGGCGAGUCAGUAUCUUCUUCGGCAAGAGCACCUGGUCCGCCUCAGUGGACGGCUCCAGUGACUUUGACGGCUCCAGCUCUGGCUUCUCUGUCAUGGAUUCAGCCAACGCAAGGCUGGGACGCGGUCUGGCCAUGGGAGACAUCAACGGAGAUGGCAUCGACGACAUCGUGGUCUCGAGCAGAAGCUCUCAGCCGUCCAACGGCGCUGGCUGCGUCUAUGUGCUGUUUGGUGGUGGCACCUACCCGGCCUCCAUUACCGACAUCUACUCGCAUGUUGACGGCACCACUGGCUUUCGCCUGUGCGGCGCAGAAACCAACUACCUCGGGGACUACUUUGUGACUGUGUUGGACUUCAACGGCGACGGCAUGGCAGACGUGCUGUUUGCCGGUCGAGGCACUGCUGACGGCCUGUACCUCUUGUUCGGCAGGGCAUCAUUCUCUGCGAGCAUGUCUCUACCGAUUGCAAGCGGCGAGGGUGUCACCUUUACUGGCUUGAGCUCGCCAGCUUUUGUGAGCCCACCUAACCUGGGCAAUUUCAAUGAUGACCAGUACGACGAUACCCUGCUCGUACAGAGCGGAAACAUGUACGUUGUGUUUGGCAGUGCCAGUCCGACCGACACCAUCGACGUCACGACGCUCAGCGGCACCGAUGGCUUUGAGCUGACGGACAGCGAGAUCUUGGCAACAAAAUUCUACCACCCCAUCGACAUGACCGGAGACGGGUCAACGGACCUCCCGCUUUACACCCAGUCUUUCACUCCGUCAUUCUCGACCGUAACGUCCUUGUAUCUCAUUGAGGGCAAUGGGCCAGCUGCAGGAGGCACUCAAGGCGGUACCAGCACCACCGACAAUAACGCCGCAUGGGUCAUCCUGUCAAUCGUCCUAGUGGUGGCGAUCAUUACCUGUUCGGUGGCU